CGUCCUUUUAUAGUCCUCGUGGUUGUUCUUCCAUUUCUAGUCCUCCAAGUUCUCUCCUUUGUUUAGCCCCAAACGUUCCAUACGGCGGUGGGAGCUGGUGGUGGCCAUGGCGACCCAAUCCGCGCCUCCCCCGAGCUCUCCCAACGGCGAUUCCCAAAACCAAGGGCCCGAGUUAUCCAAGACAAUGGAGGGGAAUGGUAACGAUGUCAAAGAUGAGACUGCCAAUGAAGCUUCAAGAGAACCAGUAUUUGCAAUCCCCCAACCAAUAAGGGAGGACCAAGUGCAGAAUGCUGUUAAGUUUCUAUCUCAUCCAAGAGUAAGGGGUUCCCCAAUCAUUCACAGGCGUUCCUUUCUUGAAAGAAAGGGCCUGACAAAGGAGGAAAUAGAUGAAGCCUUUCGCCGUGUACCUGACCCUCCUCCAAAUGCUACCAGUGUUGAGGCUGCCACCACAAAUCAGGCUAUCCAGCCAAAAUCAUCAACAAGCUUGCAGCCUCAAGCCUCGGUACAAACUCCCCAACCUGCUGCUGCUCCUGCUAGCGGGGUUCUUGUGGCUCCAAAAUUGCAGCAAUCCAAAUUUCACUGGUCCCAUGCACUUCUUGCUACAGGGGUUUUAGCUGCUUCAGGUGCUGGUACAGCCGUUCUUUUCAAGAAUGUGGUUGUUCCUAAGCUGAAAUCUUGGAUCAGAAAGGUUGUAGCAGAAGAAACUGAAUCUGAUAAGGAAGAAAAACAGAGUUCUAGGUUGGCUGAAGAAGCAGCAGAAGCUGCAAAAGCAGCUGCCUCAGCUGCUUCUGUUGUUGCUAAAGCAAGCCAAGAAUUAUUAAAUGCAAAAAAUGAAGAGAGGAAGUAUUUUGAGGCUUUUAUGGGAGCGCUGGAUGUCCAAGUUAAAGAGAUGAAAUCCAUGGGUGAUACUAUUCGGAAGCUGGAAAGCACAAGGGAAAACAGUUUCUCUCAAGAGAAGCUGAUAGAAGAGUAUAUCCAAUCUACAGUAGGGAAUGGACCAGCUAACAAUUCAUGGAGAACUUCUCAGGUCAAUCAACCAGAUGCAAGUCUCCCCUCAAUGUUUUCAAAGCAAGUCAAAGUAAAUGGCAUGCCAAAUAUGGACUUUGGAAGAGCGAGGCCUUCAUCCACACCUGCAUCAGUGGAGUCUAUACCUGCACCACAUGCAAAGCCAUUUAUGGAGGAUAUCAAUGACAUGCAUCCAAUCCCUGAUCAACCACCAGCAAAACCUGUUUCAGCUCCUAGACCAAAGCCAUAUUGGGAGGUGCGUCAGCAACCUCAGCAAAAGCCCAGCUAUGACCUCCGAUCCCAAACAAGCGAUGAAGGGUUGAGUUCUGAAGUACAAGAGAGCAUCGACCCCUCCUUUCAUAUGAAUGAGAAGACUCAUGAGACUUCGGAGGCUUGGUGGAGAAGGAAGACUUCAAAAAUAACUGAAACAAUGCCCAAAAUGGAGGAACCAAAGCAGUUCCCUUAUGGAAUUGGAGCCAGUGAAGGUCCUAGCCAGCGGAGAUGGGUCCCACCUCAGCCACCAACAGUUGCUAUCCCAGAAGCUGCUGCUGCCAUCAGACACCCAAAACCAUCUGCUCAAAAGCCGCAGUCAGGGGAUGAGCAGUCGGUGGCGAGCUCUGAUGACGGAGAAGAGAGGGGGGUGAAAGCACCUGACUCUGCUGUUCAGGUGGACACCUCCAGUGUUAAAGAAACGAAGCAGACUGAAAUACAAGAAGAACAGGCAGAUGGUAUCGAAGUAAACUGAUAGCUCAAACUAAGAGUUUCAAAUACUUUACACUGUUUAAUCAUACUCUUUUAAGGGGAAUGACGGGGUAGCCGAUAAUAAUAGUUCUUGUCCCUUGUUUACCAUGCAUCAUUGAGCUGAUGCAUACUUCAUAUGCAUUUUCUUUUAAACUACCUUCUGAGCUUUAUGUAAGAGAAAGGGAGAAAAUGGUCUAUUUGUUGUUUUUGAUGCUUAUGUGUCAUGUUUCAUGGAAA